GCUGAAAAAAAAUGUCGCAACGUGCUUGUCAUAUUGGGGAUGGAUCUAACCCCUGCAUGGUGCCAUGGGCCGAAUUCCUUCUGACCCCUUGCGGCUUUCAGCUCAUGCUUGUGGUAUGGGUCGUUGAAACUUGAAAGACAUUGGAUUGGCUGUGUCCGAAUGUCCGCUGUCUGUCAGAUUUCUUCUGUCUCUCGCCACAACAAUCGCGUGGCAGGAGCCAUCGCCAGUCGACGACUUCUCAUAAGUUUACCUUACGCUGCGUAACUAUACAACCGAGCGAAUAGAUUUAAUCAGCCAUUUCGCUUAUCUUGCAAUGUUCGCACUGCUCCAAAUGGGAAGGAAGAAAGGGCUGGAGGGGGGAGUCCAGCGAACGAAAAGCGCAAUAAUUUACAUGUGAAUCGCAGACUUGAUGAUCUCGGGGCUUACUCUUAAUGAAGCUAGUGCCGCUGCCCGUUUUCCGCCCAGCCAACGCUGAAAGGCUUGGGUUACAUAGAAGCUUCUUCCAAACCGGCACGGAGCGACGGAUGGCUUGGCGCAGCCUUAACUUGGAAGGGGAGCUGAUGGAAUCCGAACUACCCCAGACAACGUCCAGGAAAAGACGGAAGAGCAAUUCGGCCAAAAUCAUAUUUUUUUUGGAAGUCGGGCGGUCCGGAUGCAUAGGCGCAACUUCGCCAGCAGGAUUCAGAUAUGGCUCGGAUACGCCGCAGCAGUUUGUCUUGGUUCAACUAGUGCGAAACUCCGCUUAACCCUCUCGCAGAAAUUUUUUUCAUUACUUUUGUAGAUCCUUUUCGCUUGGUGGCAAUGGCCAAAUGAUUGGCAUUAAUUUUGAACCAAUUUCCCCAGAGUUCCACUCCUGAGUCCUGCCCCAGAAUCUUUGGUCUGGCACAGUUUCUUAGCUCGAAGCUCGAAGCAGCCAAGGACCGUUCCAUUCGGCUGCGGAAUGGGGAUUAUUAUAGACGAGUGGUUUGAUGUCCAAGAAUGGUGAGCUGUGAACUGUCAAGGAUUUUUGCGGAAUCACACUUCCACACAUCCUUGUAAAAAUAUGGAGAAGGCCAUCAUCUUCUAGUUAUGUGCGGGGAAGCAGAAGAGAAUAAUUGAAGCGCCCCAAGAUCAAAAAUCAAAAAUCAACAAUCAUCCACCUCGACGCCACUCAAGCCUCACAUGCUGAAGGAUUAUCAUGCUCCAACCGGAAGAUAAACGAUUCAGCCCCCUUGUCUGCGAUGCUGCACGAAAUCGACGCCGGAAAUUAAAACUGUGAGAGCGAUUUUACGCAACCUUGCCGUCUGUUGAUAAGAUCCGAGGCAAGGCGGCAGAAGGACCCCUCCAUUGCAGGUCCCAACAUCGAUACUUCUCUCAGAGCUCAAUCUUUGAGAUCGAGGCGAAAUUUGCUUUGAACUACUGUGUUUCUCGUAUCACUCCCCAGACAAGCUACCCAAAUGUCAUGGCAUGAAACCUCAAAAGAACACCCGAUGCAAUACUUGAGCCCAAUUCUGGAUUCGUCAAAGAUGGCCGUGAAUAUCCUGUUGGGAUCCCUGACCCCUGGAGCAUUAUUGCCACGUUACCUGUCAACCCCACGAGAUCUCCGUAGGAGAUGACGGGCAUGGCGCUAUCCCCUGGAAAUAUCAUCUACGCUAAAGGUACUGCGUAUAAAUAACUAUAUUCGUUGCGAGUCUCAAUCAAAGCCACCUCCGCUUAUCCACGGCGCACCCUCUCUCACUCAAAUCGUUAAUUUCGUGGAUGCCCAAUGCGGUUACUUCUUCCUUGUAUCCAAGACGGAACCCGGUCAGAAACAUGGGAAGCACAAAAGCGAAAAGUGAUCAUGGCGCGCGUCGACCAGGGCAUCAGUAGACGCGUCGUCACCCAGUGCGAUGGACUGUAAAAUACGAGAUCUCUCCUUCUCGCCAUCCUGAACUUAGUCCAUGGCUGAAUAAGACGAUCUCAACAGAGGCGCUUAUGGUAUGAUGUCUAAUGCGGAAAGAUAUUUUUCUUCGCCCUUCCACAGUUGAAGGAUCUAGUGAAGAGAAAAAGAAGAAAAAUUGGAGUGAAAAGAUGUCAGACCAUUCGGUCUACACGUGCCUUCGCUAGCCCCACUGCUCCUGUAGUUGGUGCACCUCACCGCAACAUAAUUUUUCAUCAAGAAUGUGUGGAAGGUGUAAAGCUUGCUUGAUUGAAAAGGUUGCUAGCUA